AGGUAUAUAUGGUUUAACUUAACAUCCACACACCGCUGGUGAUAAUCAUUCUCUUGAAUCUUAUUCUUGGAGGAUUAUAUGUCGAAAGCGAAAUAUGCCCCACUUGCACAGCACGAGUUCUCUUCAAUUGGUGGUAACAGCAGUCCAGCCUGGUGAGAAUGGGAGGACCAGUUUAUGUGUGAGAGGCGAAGGAAGUGAGAUGGAGGAAUCGCUUUGCUCGCCCGUGGUGGAUUCCCCUGAUGAGGUUGAUUUCCGCAGCUACAAGCGCAGAUCUGAAUAUUCCUGUAUGAGGAUAUGCUCCUAUUGUAACAAGGUAUUCAGAUCAAUGACAAAGCGGGAGAAAUUGUUGUUGUUUCUUGUUCUUGUGCUUGCUAUUCUCAUGCUGUCAAUGUUUGGGUUUGAAAUGAGUCGACCUAAAGAUCCUCAACCAUCAACCUGUCGUCGUAGUAACAUCACUGCUCAGCCAUGCACGACACGCGCUUGUAUCAACGUAGCGAGCAAAGUUGCUCUCUCAUUGGACGAGAGCGUUGAUCCGUGUCAGGAUUUCUACGAGUUUGCAUGCGGGGGGUGGGAGGAAUCAAAUCUUCUGCCUUCGGGAGAAUCAAGAUGGAGUGGGUUCAACGCAUUGCAGCAAAGUAAUCACGCCAUCAUGAAAAAUGUCCUUGAGUUAAACACAACACAGAACAACAGCGUUGCAGAGAAGAAAGCCAAGAUAUUUUAUGAAUCUUGCAUUGAUUUGGAAGCUAUCAACAAACGUGGGGCUCAACCAUUGCUCACUAUGUUAGAGAAGGUUGGGGGCUGGCCCGUUCUUAAUAAUUGGGAUGAGUCAUCAUUUGAUUUCAACGCCACGAUUCAGCAAUAUUUUCCAUAUUCAAUUUAUCCUUUCUUCUCAAUUGGUGUCAACACAGAUUCAAAACAUUCAAACUCAAAUAUCGUGAUUGUUGGAGAGUCAGGCCUCAGUCUUGGAACAAGGGACUUCUAUGUUAAUAAAACAAUAGAAGAUGACAAGAUACUUCAUGCUUACUUGGACUAUAUGACUGAGGUGGCGACUCUUCUCGGAGCAAAGGAUCGCAACAUCACUCGUUUCAGGAUGAAAGAAGUGCUUGAGUUAGAGAAGAAGUUGGCGAUCAUAUCUCUUCCUCUUGAAGAGAUGAGAAACGAGGAGAAGAAUUAUCACAGGAUGGUGUUGGCUGAUCUGCAGGACUUAGCACCGGCUGUUGAUUGGUCCAAUUUGGUUCCAGAAUUAUUUUUGAAAUUAGCGAAUGAGACGGUUGGUACAAACGAACCAGUGAUCACGUUUUCACGCCAAUAUUUGAGAAACUUUUCAGAUAUUGUUUACCAAACUCCAAAAAGGGUCCUUGGAAAUUACUUUGGUUGGCGGUUCGUUCAUUCAUUCGUUUCCGCACUCGGACAACCUUUCCUUGAGGCUCUGAAUAAAUUUCAUAAAGUUCAAUACGGAUCUAACAUGAACUGUGUUGAAAGAUGGAGAAGAUGUUUAAACACAGUUGAUUCAGUGUUAGGACUCGCUGUUGGUCGCCUGUUUGUGCAAAAGAAAUUCGACAAGACGAGCAAAUCAUCCGCAGAAGAAAUGGUUCGUGAAAUUAAAGCAAGUUUCCAGAAAAAUCUUCCAAAAACCUCAUGGAUGGAUCCAGUUACAAGGAAGAAAGCUUCUGAAAAGUGUUCAGCAGUUGAAGACAUGAUUGGAUUCGACGACAAAAUACUCAACAUUACUUAUGUUAAUGAAAAAUAUAAGAAUUUAAUCGUUGACCCGAAUAAAGGUCACUUCGAACACCAUGUUAGUGUGGUGAGAUACAUCACUGUAAAAGAGCUGAAACACCUCAGGAAACCAGUCAAACGCAAAGAAUGGUCCAUCACACCACCCACUGUAAACGCUUACUACUCACCCACUAAGAACAUUAUAGUGUUCCCAGCUGGAAUCCUACAGCCCCCAUUUUACAGCAGUAACUUCCCAAAGUCGAUCAACUAUGGUGGAAUUGGUAUCGUGGUUGGUCAUGAACUUACACAUGGAUUUGAUGAUCAAGGUCGUCAAUAUGAUCUGAAUGGAAACUUAAACAACUGGUGGCAGAAAGAUACGCUUGCCAAGUUUAAAAAGAAGGCUGAAUGUAUGGUGGAACAAUAUGGGAGUUUCAACUUUGGAGGGGCUCAGGUAAAUGGAGUCUUAACACUGGGCGAGAACAUUGCUGACAACGGUGGUGUGAGGCUGGCAUAUAAUGCAUACCAAGAAUGGAAGAAAGCCAAUGGUUCAUUAGAAACUCAACUACCUUCACUUAACUACACUCAUGAUCAAUUGUUCUUUAUUUCAUUUGCUCAACUUUGGUGUUCUGUUAGCACCCCUCAAUUCCGUAAACAUCAAGUGCUGGUUGACAUGCAUAGCCCACCUAAAGCUAGAGUGAUUGGAACCUUAUCCAACUUUGAGGAGUUUAGCAAAGCUUUCAGUUGUCCCAAAGGAAGUCCAAUGAACCCUGCAAAGAAAUGCAAAGUUUGGUGAUCAUGUUAUACCACAAAGUCAUGGACAUUUUAACUCUUUUAAUUCAUGUUCGGCCAAUUUUCACAUUUUUUGACUUGUUGAUGUAGAUGUAACACUCUGUGUCAAAUUGGUGUACUCAUAAAUCACCAACACAUGUCUAACCUGUAAGGGUGCCGUUCUAAAGCAUGGUAAACCAUGAUACCAUGUGGUGUUAUUCAAAUUUGGCCCAUUACCAUGCGAUAUAGGCCUGAUCAAUCUUUACUGCAACAUAUUAUCAAAAGUUUGGAGCUACGGCUAGGGCCUUGGAAAUGUUUUUAUUCCCCACAAUGAAGCAAACUUUAAAAUAAAUAACCUUCCUGAUUUUUUUAAUUGUAUUCUCUUGUGAAAAAUACUUUAAGUGAAUUUUGUGUCCCUAUUUUAUCAUCACAUUGUUGUUUAUAUCACAGUAUUGCAACUGUUUCUCGAAUAUCAUACAAUUGGGUGUUAUACUUGUACACAGGCUGUUUUUAUUGUUUAAUUCCACUUUUAAUGAUGCCACAUUUUUGUAAACCGCCAUUUUUUAUGUUCCGAACAGUUAAUCAUAUACACAUACAUAAUACACACGCACAUAUGCUUUUAUGUGCAAUCGUUUUGUAAGUUGUAUAGAUGUUGAAAUAUAUGAUGUGCAGUGUUUAAUA